AUGACACCUCCUACUGCUGUUGAAUCAUCAAUUAACUUUGGUGGUCACCCAACUAUUAAAUCUACUGCUGAACCAGUUGUGAAGCAAUUAUCGUUAGCUGAUGAUACUGUUAUCCGUCACAACGCACCACCACCAACUUUAUAUGAAGAUGGUUUAUUGGAAAAAGGUACAGUUAUUUCAUCCACAGGUGCUUUAAUGGCCUACUCUGGUAAGAAGACCGGUAGAUCACCAAAGGAUAAGAGAAUUGUUGAUGAAGAAACCUCUACACAAAAUAUUUGGUGGGGUCCCGUCAACAAGCAAGUUGACGAAUUAACCUGGAAAAUUUCCAGAUCCAGAGCUUUGGACUACUUGAGAACCAGAGAAAAGUUGUUCGUUGUUGAUGCAUACGCUGGUUGGGAUCCAAGAUACAGACUCAAGAUUAGAGUUAUCUGUGCUAGAGCUUACCACGCUUUAUUCAUGACCAACAUGUUGAUCAGACCAACUGAAGAAGAAUUAAAGAACUUUGGUGAACCAGAUUUCACUAUUUACAAUGCUGGUCAAUUCCCAGCUAACGUUCACACCAAGGGUAUGACCUCUUCUACUUCUGUUGAAAUCAACUUCAAGGAUAUGGAAAUGGUUAUCUUAGGUACUGAGUAUGCUGGUGAAAUGAAGAAGGGUAUUUUCACUGUUAUGUUCUACUUGAUGCCAAUAAAGCACAAGAUCUUAACUUUGCAUUCUUCCGCUAACCAAGGUGAACAAAAGGGUGAUGUUACAUUAUUCUUUGGUUUAUCUGGUACCGGUAAGACCACUUUAUCUGCUGAUCCAAACAGAAAGUUGAUUGGUGAUGAUGAACAUUGUUGGUCUGACAACGGUGUCUUCAACAUUGAAGGCGGUUGUUACGCUAAGUGUUUAGAUUUAUCAGCUGAAAAAGAACCAGAAAUUUUCAACUCUAUCAAGUUCGGUGCUAUCUUAGAAAACGUUGUCUACGACCAAAACUCUAAGGUAGUUGACUACGCCGACUCGACUAUCACAGAAAACACAAGAUGUGCAUACCCAAUUGAUUUCAUUCCAUCUGCUAAGAUUCCAUGUUUAGCUGAUGAACAUCCAACAAACAUUGUUUUGUUAACUUGUGAUGCAUCUGGUGUCUUACCACCAGUCUCUAAAUUGACUAACGCUCAAGUUAUGUAUCAUUUCAUCAGUGGUUACACUUCUAAGAUGGCUGGUACCGAAGAAGGUGUUACUGAACCACAAGCUACUUUCUCUGCAUGUUUCGGUCAACCAUUCUUAGUCUUGCAUCCAAUGAAAUACGCUCAACAAUUAUCUGACAAGAUCAGUAAGCACAACGCCAACGCUUGGUUAUUGAAUACCGGUUGGGUUGGUGCUUCUGCUGCUCAAGGUGGUAAUAGAUGUUCUUUGAAAUACACCAGAGCUAUCUUGGAUGCUAUCCACUCUGGUGAAUUAAGUAAGGUUGAGUUCGAGAACUUCCCAACUUUCAAUUUGAAUGUUCCAAAGUCUUGUCCAAAUGUUCCAUCUGAAAUCUUGAACCCAACUAAGGCUUGGACCGAAGGUGACGCCUCAUUCCAAAAGGAAAUCAAGUCCUUAGCUGGUAAGUUCGCCGAAAACUUUACCAAGUAUGCUGAUCAAGCUACCACUGAAGUCAAGGCUGCUGGUCCUGAUGCUUAA